GACAUGAUCCGGCGUGACGCCCGACGCGCCCUUAUGUGUAACGCGUCUUGAUCGCGUACCACCGCGUCACGCUAGACCGCUCUGCCCGCGACUGCCACCUUCAUCGAGCUUGCCUCGACUUCGUAUCUGUAAUCAACUCUUGAUUCGGGUCUACAGGACAAGGUCCCCCACUGAGUAGCGAUCAUCACCCUUGCAGGCCUGUCUGGCCGCCAUUGAACCCUGCUGAAGAUGAAGUUCCACAUUGACGACUUGCCGAUUGUCUUCCCUUAUGAUAGGAUAUACCAGAACAAUAUGCGUACAUGUGUGAUCUGAAGCGCACUCUGGAUGCCCAAGGUCAUUGCGUGCUUGAGAUGCCUUCCGGGACAGGAAAGACCGUGUCGUUGCUUUCCCUCAUUGUGUCCUACCAGCAGUUCUAUCCAGCGAAACGCAAACUUAUCUAUUGCUCUCGAACUGUGCCAGAGAUUGAGAAGGCAUUGGAAGAGCUUAAACGGCUGAUGGCAUAUCGUCUGUCAUGCGCUGAGACUGAGGAGGAGAAGGAGAAGGAACGCAACUUCUACGGCAUUGGCCUGACUAGCCGGAAGAAUCUUUGCAUCCACCCAGAGGUAGCCAAGGAGAAGAAAGGCAAGGUGGUCGAUGCCCGCUGUCGGGACCUCACGAACUCGGCCGUUUGCGAGAAGGGCCGUCAAAACCCCGGAUCUGUCGACCUAUGUGACUGGCAUGAGAACUUGGGCAAGCUCGAGCCAGGGAACUUGAUCCCCCCGGGAGUUUGGACCCUUGCUGAUGUACUCCAACACGGCCGUGACAACACCGUGUGUCCGUAUUUCUUGGUCCGACGGAUGAUGCCCUUUGUGGACAUCAUCAUCUACUCUUUUCACUACCUGCUCGACCGAAGAGAGAUGUCAAAAGAUGCCAUAGUUGUCUUCGAUGAGGCACACAACAUCGAUAACGUCUGCAUUGAAUCACUCAGCAUUGACCUGACAAGGCCCAUGCUAGAUUCUGCGGCCCGAAGUGUCGGCAAACUGGGUGAGAAAAUUGAAGAAAUAAAGAAGACCGAUGCAUCCAAGCUUCAGGACGAAUAUGCCAAACUUGUGGAAGGAUUGCAGGAGGCCGCCAAUGACGAAGACGCGUUCAUGUCAAAUCCAGUGCUUCCAGAGGAUCUGCUGAAAGAAGCAGUGCCCGGUAACAUACGCAAAGCGGAGCAUUUUGUCGCAUUUCUGACACGUUUUGUCGAGUACCUGAAGACUCGGAUGCGCGUCUUACAUGUUGUCGCCGAGACACCGCUAUCGUUUUUACAACACCUCAAAGAUAUCACGUACAUUGAACGCAGACCAUUGCGCUUCUGUGCCGAACGCCUACAGUCCCUCGUUCGAACACUAGACCUCAAUCGGCUGGAUGAGUAUUCGUCUUUGCAGAAGGUGGCCACCUUUGCUACACUGGUGGCGACUUACGAGAAAGGCUUCCUUCUGAUUCUUGAGCCGUUCGAGACGGAUAAUGCUACCGUGCCCAACCCUAUUUUCCACUUGACGUGUCUAGACCCUGCUAUAGCGAUCAAACCGGUCUUUGAGCGGUUCAGCUCUGUCGUCAUUACGUCUGGAACGAUCUCGCCCCUGGACAUGUAUCCAAAGAUGCUACAGUUCACCCCUGUCGUCCAAGAGACAUACCCUAUGACCCUGACGCGCAAUGCGUUCUUACCGCUGGUCAUCACGCGUGGAAGCGACCAAGUUGCCAUCAGCUCCCGUUUCGAAGUGCGGAAUGACCCCGCGGUCGUGCGCAACUUCGGCAGCAUCCUUGUGGAGUACAGCAAGAUCGUCCCCGACGGCAUUGUGGCAUUCUUCCCGAGCUACCUAUACAUGGAAUCCAUUGUCGCGGCCUGGAACGACAUGGGUAUCCUGAACGAAGUGUGGAAGAACAAGCUGAUAUUCGUGGAGACUCCAGACGCGAAUGAGACGAGCAUCGCCUUGGAGAACUACCGCAGGGCAUGUGACAACGGUCGCGGUAAGGUUUCCGAAGGCAUCGAUUUCGACCAUAACUACGGUCGCGCUGUGAUUAUGUUUGGGGUUCCCUACCAAUAUACGGAAAGCCGGAUACUCAAGGCGCGCCUUGAGUACCUACGGGACGCGUACAGAAUUCGAGAAUCCGAGUUCCUUGGCUUCGACGCGAUGCGGAACGCGGCACAGUGUGUUGGGCGAGUGCUUCGAGGGAAAACAGACUGGGGCCUAAUGGUUUUCGCGGAUAAGCGAUUCGCACGUGCAGACAAGCGUGCAAAGCUGCCCCGAUGGAUCAACCAAUAUAUCACGGAGACUGCGUCAAAUCUGUCGACGGAUAUGGCUCUCACACUAUCGAAACUGUUCAUGCGCACGAUCUCACAGAACCCGAACGAAAACCAGACAGGGGUGUCGCUGUGGACGCUAGAGGAUGUCCAGAAGGCCCAAGCCAAGCAGAAGGAGAUGGCCAUGGAAGUCGAGCAGCAAGAGGACCAACCUAUGGAUGAAGACGACGACUACUACGGGGACGGCGGACUGGACGACCGAAUCCUGGGCGAGAUCGACCUCGACGUGUAG